AAGGGCACAUGUAUUAUAAGUUAAAAGCAUAUUAAACAUAACUAAUUUAAGAUAUGUAACAAUGUCAUCAUCUAUAAUUCUAUUUUGGAAAUGUAAAAAAUACAGAUUAUCCAAAUUUUGAGGGUUAUCAGAAGCCUGAUUUUGUUCUGAGAAGAAACUGUCAUAUGUUAGUGAAGACACUUGUCUGUGUUGUAGAUGUGCUUGGUAGGGAAGUGUAGUUUUGUGGAACUGUGUGAUCACUACAUUUUUAUAGCCUGAGUCAGAGAAUGUGAGACUACUGGAAAUUGCUUAAUGUGUAUUAAACUGUUUUAAUGCACAAGGCCCUAGGUUUGACCUGUAGUAUCCCAAAAGCAGAACACAACAGAACCAUAACUCUUAACAUGUUUGAAGCACCCUGGGACUACCAACAGUGAAAAGAUGCUCUGGGGAUUGGCCAAGAGAACUUUAAUGUGAAGGAAAACAUGGAGUACUUUGUGAGGGGGCAGCAGGCUGAGCAGUAACUAGAGUGCCCAGCUGUAGUAAUGCAUUCUCUAGUUUUACAGUCAAAACGUGGAGGAAAAACAACAACCGGCUUUUCCCAGAGAAAUAGUAACCUUGCCAAAAGCACCUGCUUGCCGGGGACAGAGGAUGUGAUGGAGCUGCUUGAGGAAGACCUCACGUGCCCAAUUUGUUGCAGUUUGUUUGAUGAUCCCCGAGUUUUGCCCUGCUCACACAACUUCUGCAAAAAAUGUUUAGAAGGGCUCUUAGAGGGGAAUGUGCGGAAUUCAUUGUGGAGACCAUCUCCAUUCAAAUGUCCUACUUGCCGUAAGGAAACUUCAGCAACUGGAGUCAAUAGUCUACAAGUUAAUUACUCCCUAAAGGGCAUUGUAGAGAAAUAUAACAAAAUCAAGAUUUCUCCCAAAAUGCCAGUGUGCAAAGGACACUUGGGACAACCUCUCAACAUUUUCUGUGUGACUGAUAGGCAGCUGAUUUGUGGGAUGUGCGCUACUUGUGGCGAUCACACUAAGCAUGUCUUCUCUUCUAUUGAAGAUGCCUAUGCUCAGGAAAGGGAUGCCUUUGAGUCCCUCUUUCAGAGUUUUGAGACUUGGCAUCGGGGAGAUGCUCUUUCCCGCUUGGAUACUUUGGAAACAAACAAAAGGAAAUCCCUACAGUUACUCACUAAAGAUUCAGAUAAAGUAAAGGAGUUUUUUGAGAAGUUACAACACACAUUAGAUCAAAAGAAGAAUGAAAUCCUGUCAGACUUUGAGACGAUGAAGCUUGCAGUUAUGCAAUCCUAUGACCCAGAGAUCAACAAACUCAACACUAUUUUACAGGAGCAGCGGAUGGCCUUUAACAUUGCUGAGGCUUUUAAAGACGUGUCAGAACCUAUUAUAUUUUUGCAACAGAUGCAGGAGUUCAGGGAGAAAAUCAAAGUAAUCAAGGAAACUCCUUUGCUACCCUCUAAUUUGCCCACAAGCCCUUUAAUGAAGAACUUUGAUACCAGUCAGUGGGAAGACAUUAAACUAGUCGAUGUGGAUAAACUUUCUUUGCCUCAAGACACAGGUGUGUUCAUUAGCAAGAUUCCCUGGCACUCCUACCAGUUGUUCAUGGUGGCAGUUCUGCUGGGUCUCCUCAUAUUCUUUGGUCCUACCAUAUUCCUGGAGUGGUCUCCAUUUGCUGAAUUGGCAGCUUGGAAAGACUAUCUUUCAAGUGUCAGUUCUUAUCUGCCUAAAUCAGCUGAUUUUGUAGAACAGUCUGUUUUUUUCUGGGAACAGAUGACAGAUGGGUUUUUCAUUUUUAGUGAAAAGGUAAAAAAUUUUAGUUUGGUGACACUGAACACUGUGGCAGAAUUUGUGUGCAAAUAUAAACUACUAUAAAAUCUUUCAACUACACAGUUUUGUUUCUUGAUGGGAUUGUUGGGGAACACAGUAAUGAUUCAGAUUUGGUUAAGAUUCCAGUCCAGUGUUUCUUUUAAGAGUAUUCCUUUAAUAAUGCCUUUUAUAUAUUACCCAAAUAUCAGCAUAAAAAUAAAAGUGAUGUUUUACUAGUC